UGUGUGCUUAGUUCAUUACAAGUUGUGACUGAAAACAGUUGAGGUUUGACUGUCAAACUGUAUUUAUUAUUUUACAUUCUCUUUCUUAAUUCCAUUAGUAUCGGAUCAAAAGCAUUUUUUCGCCACUUUUUCGAAAAUUCAAACAAUUUUUUUCAACGCAAAUCCUAGCCAAAGUUUUCAGCAACCAUGCUCAAACUUAUCAUAGUGGUCGCAAUUCUUACAUUGUUUGUGGUUGGUCACACAAAUGCCGAGAAUACUAAGCCGUUGCGUGCGAUAGCUGUAAUCAAUGGUCCAAAUGGUGUUUAUGGAAAUGUAACAUUUUCGCAAAAUGGAUGCGGUGAAAGUGUUCUUAUCGAAGUAUCUGUAGUUGGUCUUUCGCCAGGUGAACAUGGUUUCCAUGUUCAUGAAAAGGGUGAUCUAUCGAAUGGAUGUUUGAGCACCGGCGGACACUAUAAUCCAGAAAAGCUGGAUCAUGGUGCACCAAAUGACCAAGUCCGACACAUUGGUGACCUUGGAAACAUCCGUGCAAAUGAACAAGGUGUUGCUGAAACAAAAUUCUCUGAUCAAGUCAUCACGUUGGCUGGUCAUUGGUCGAUUGUUGGACGUGCGGUUGUUAUUCACAGUGGAAUUGAUGAUUUAGGCAAAACAAAUCAUCCAGACUCAAAGAAAACCGGAAAUGCUGGCGGUCGCGCUGGAUGUGGUGUUAUUGGCAUUAUGUAAAUAAUAGUUUAUUGUGAAUUUCUUUAGAAAUAUGUUUAUUUUUCUUCCAUUCAUGUUUACUGCAUAUUCGAAAAAUCGGUACUGGAUCUAGAUAAUACAUUUCUAACAGAAAACAUAUUUUGUCUAUACUUUUUUGUUUGUAAAUUGUUUUUUUAAAAUUUGUGGCAAUAUCCACAAUCGUCUGUUUGAAACAGUUGAAGAAGUAAGUGGCGGUGGUGGUGCUCAUUUUAAUUACUCAUUAUAUGUAUACGAUGUAUGUACUAAACCUUACAUAAAGUGAAGUAUCUUAUUGCAUACCA